UGUCACACUUAGGAAAUAAAUAAACAUUUCAGUAACAAAGUUGCAGCAAAUAAAAUAGUUUUCAUUUUAAUAUACACAAAACAAAAACUUAAUCAAACAGUCUCGUCACAGUAAAAAGUGCACCAUGUCGUACCUAUCCAAUUUCACCGCCGACACCGGAAAAACCAUCCUCAUCGACGUACUGAAGACGGCCAACCUGCCGGACAAUGCCAAGAAACUGUCGGAGGCAAAAGCCAACUCCGGCAAGGAAAUGAUCAAAAUGAUGCAGUAUGUGUUCCCUCUGGUGAUGCAACUGCAGAUCAACGUCAUCAAGGAUUACGGGUUUCCACCGAACCGCGAAGGACUGGUGCAAUUUGAGCAAAUCAUCCGAGAGUUCGAGCGAGAAGAUGUGGACAUCGCCAGACUUCGAUCCCAGAUCCGUUCGAUCUACCUUCCGCCGAUUAACAUUAACAGCACUAACGACGUUCUGAUUUAGAAUACUAUAAUGGUAUUCAAACGUUAUUCGCAGAGAUUUUUUAUUUUCAAUUAUGAGAACUGGUCAGGAAACAUUACUUAUGCUUGAAACUCGACUAGUAAUAGUUUCGUACGCCAAGUAAGUUUAAGCAAGACUGAACAGAUAUUAACCGGAUAUAUUGUAUUGUAUCCUAGAAUAAGUUACAGGUAUUAACAUAAAGCUGCCAGUGUUCACAAUAGCCAAUUUGUAGAACGGUAUUAUUUGAGUGCAUUUAGAAAGGCAAAAUCAUGCAUGCAUAUUAGUGAUUAUAAAAAAACAUGUGUGUCAACGAAAUCCUCAGACGAUAUGAAUUGUGUAAAGGGUAUUAGUAUAUAAAAUUGUGGACUCGAGAUUUAAGUCAAUAAAUUAUACAUAUAUAAAA